GGUGACACUCAAUGGUUGGUGGUCUACGCAUGAACUGGUCUACAAAGAUGACGACCCCUUCCUCUUUCCAACCCAAAUGCCUUCUCUAGACUUAAGUGGGUAUUCUUCAUUGGAUUGGCAGUAUGCCUUGCCAAUACAAGAGAGCUUUCUUGAUGCUGCUCCUUUGACAGAGGUCUUCCCAACUGACCCUUUUUCUGCACCAGUGGAUAUUCUUGAGCCAACCACAAGCAUAAUUCAAGAUGACAUUUUCUGCGGUUAUGGAGUUUGGAAUGAGAUAGGUGGUGGGAUUGAAACUGAUCAGAGCCAGGCUUUAGUGUUGUGUAACAAUGGGAAGAAAGGCACGAAGGAAGAUAGAGUAGAGAGGAAGAUGAAGAGGUGCAGCAGUUCCAACAUGUUAUCUAAGAAAGCCAUUUCUCAGUACUUUUACAUGCCUAUAACGCAGGCUGCAAAAGAGCUUAAUGUGGGCUUGACACUUUUGAAGAAAAGGUGUAGGGAAUUGGGUAUUCGUAGGUGGCCUCAUAGGAAGCUCAUGAGCCUCCAAACCCUAAUCAGGAAUGUAAAGGAGUCGGGUAAAGAGGAAGGAGAAGAGAGUGAAACAAAGUUGAGAAUUGCCUUGGAGAUGUUGGAGAUGGAGAAGAAGAUGUUGGAGGAAAUCCCAGAUUUGCAACUUGAGGAUAAUACCAAGAGGCUUAGACAAGCUUGCUUUAAAGCUAACUAUAAGAGGAGAAGGCUGAUGGCUAUGGAUUCAGUGUCAUGCUCUAGCAGCAAUCUAGGAAGUGUGGAUGAUGUCAUGGCUAAUGAUCAGAGAAUGAAUGAAGAAGAAGAAGAGAAAUCUCUGCUGUUGGACUCCUUUUCUUCUAGUUGCAUAAUGUUCUGAUCAUGAAAGUUUCUUCAAGCAGAAAAGAAAAAACACCAAUCUUGGAUUGGUUAACUUGCCUAAACAU